CAUCACUGGACACGCGUGGGACACGUAGCGCAGAAAGGACCGUGGCCAUGAAAGAGCGCGUGUGGCCACUGGGAUUUUCCCAUAAAAGUUCCGCGGCUCUCCAAGAGCGAGACAUGAACGAGAACUGCUCAGAAGAAGACAGAACCAGCUCUGCGUUUACUUCAAAGCUCUCACCCGGUGCAGACAUCUGCGUGGGACUCGCCAUUCUCUGCAUGGUGCUCCUGUCCAUGCUGGGGAACGGCCUGGUUCUUCUCAUCUGUUACCGACGCCGGAGGAUCUUAGUGGGGUCCGAGCUGCUGUGCGUGAACCUGGCCGUGGUGGACUUCUUCUGCUGCGUGUUCUUUUACCCGCUCUCCAUCUCUUCAUCCUUCACACACAUGUGGUUGGGCCAGAAGCUCACCUGUGUCUACUACGGCUUAGGUUGCUACAUCUUCGGUCUGUGUGGCAUGUUCACCAUCACGGCCAUCAGUGUGAUCCGCUACCUCAAGACGUGCUACAGCCUGCUCUAUGGUAAGUUCACGUUUUGGCUGGAGGGGAUGAGUGUCCGCUGGGUCUGUGCUGUCAUCUGGCUGGUAGCGGUGCUGUGGUCGUGCUUCCCACUGUUCGGGUGGGGCGAGUACGUUCCUGAGCCCUACGGCCUGUCCUGUACGGUGGCCUGGAGGGGCUACCACACCUCAGCUAAGGACGCCUUCUAUGUCAUCUGCUCGUUCGCCUGCUUCACGCUGGUGCCCGUGCUGCUCAUAGUGGUGUCCCAGGCCCUCAUCUUGUACAAAGUGUCGCGCUUCUCCUACUCUCUGUCCGUGCGGGGAAUCCGGAACAAUCUGCGGUACACGGAGAAGCGCCUGACCAUGAUGUUCUUCUGCAUCAGCCUGGGCUUCAUUAUCGCCUGGGCGCCCUACGCUGUGGUCUCCUUCCUCUUCAUUUUCCACAAAGGCAGUGGCUACAUGGCUCCAGAGGGCUUCGUGUUGCCCGCUCUCUUUGCUAAAAGCUCGCACAUCUACAAUCCCUUCAUCUACUUCUACUUCAAUAAGACUUUCCAGCGUGAGCUUCGUCAUCUGCUGGGUUCCGCAUGUCCAUCGCUGGGGGGAAACCGUGUGGGGGUGCACCUGGGCUCCAAUCCCCCAGGAGCCCACCCCAUCCAUAUCCAGAUGAUGGAGCAGCCCAAAGUGGUCAAUAAUCAGGACAGUUCUCAGCCCAAGUGUAAGGGACAGUCAGAGGAGAAUAGACCUGUGUAUGUGUGCUGGGGAUCUCUGCACUCAGACAAGACUCCAGCGGCCCGACAAGACCUGGCCAAGAGCCUGAAGCAGGACUCCAUAUGA